AUGUCCACAGAAAUAAACAGUGAUAUAAAGUUUAAUAUUGAUUUUUUGUUAGACAAAGAAAACUAUAAUAAUAAUGUUAAAAUUAAAAACAGUAAUAUAGAUAAAGAGGAUUUUUAUAAUAAAAUCAAAGAUUCAAUAGAAACUAUAAUGAUUGCAUUCAAUAAGUUUACAUUUCAAGAAAUAUCAUUAAGUUUUAAUGGUGGAAAGGAUUGUUGUGUCUUAUUACAUUUAAUAAAUUAUGUAUUACAAAAAACAUUCAAUAAUAAUAAUAUAAAUUGCCAUAAUAAUAGUAAUGGUAAUAAUUAUAAAGAUGGUUUAAAAACUAUAUAUUUUCAAACACCAAAUAGUUUUGAACAGGUCAAUGAUUUUACAGAAAAAUGCUCAUCAAUAUAUAAUUUAAAUAUAUUAUACGUGUCAUCAGGUAUUAAAGAGGGUUUGGAGAAUAUUAUAGAUUCACAAAAUAUAAAAGCAGUUUUUAUUGGAAUAAGAUAUGGUGACCCAAAUUCAUCACACUUGGAGAAGUUUUCAGUUACUGAUCCUGGGUGGCCACAAUUUUUAAGAAUAAAUCCAAUUUUACAGUGGAAUUACCAUGAAAUUUGGGAAUUUAUAAAAUUAUGUAAUAUUCCAUAUUGUUGUUUAUAUGAUCAGGGAUAUACAUCAAUAGGGCAUGUAAAUGAUACAAUUCCAAAUCCAGAUUUAUUAGUAGUAACUUCACCCAAUAACAUUAGCACUGCUAAGUACCAUCCUGCUUAUUUAUUAAAAAAUGCAGAUAGUGAAAGAAAAGGAAGAGGUAAAAAUCUUUCACCAAAUAAUAAUAAUAAUAAUAAUAAUAAUAAUAAUAAUAAUAAUAAUAACACAAAAUAA